AUGACCGACGCGUCUUUCCUGGACCUCUUUGGCGUGCGCGUCACCACCUCACUCAGCCGCGCCGUUGUUUUGCUGCACCUCUGCAGGUCUGGGGAGGGGGCUCAAGGGGCACGGGUGGCUGGGAGCGAGAAGGCCCGCAGAUGCCUGCUGCCCCCUCUGCCCCGGUGGGAAAUUCCCAGUUGGUUCCCAGCACCGAGGAGCCCGGGCAGGGUCCGCUCGCCCUGGCCUUCCUGGAAGUACCUAGUGCCUGCCCUGACCCAGUGUCCCCUCCAGGUGUCCCUCUCGCCCGCGCUCUGCGCCCUCCUGCUGGCACUGCUGGGGGUCACGCCGGGCCGGGCAGGGCUCCGCGCUUGUAGCGUCCCCGACGUUCUCCGGCACUACCGCGCAGUCAUCUUUGAGGACCUACAGGCUGCGGUGAGGCGUAUUGGGCCCAGGCCCGAGGGGACGGCGACGGGCGCCAGACACCUGCAUUUCACUCACAACAACCUAUGGCGGGAACGGGCGGGGGCCUCCUGUGGAGCCCAGAAGGAGCACAGUAUCCUCUUGUCCAUCACUUCCCUUGGUCGGACCUUGCGCGGGGCGGUGUCCGGGCGCCGCCGCGGGGCCCUGGAGAAAGCAGCGUGGACGGUGGCCGUGCGCACCGAGGCGGUGAUGCGGCGCCACUGCUGGACGCCGCGCCAGCGGAGCCCGCGGCGUCCGGAGACACCGCCUGCCCAGCGCCGCGGCGGCCGGAGGCGGCUGCUGCUGCGCGCCCUGGACGCAGUCGCCACCUGCUGGGAGAAGCUGUUCGCGCUGCGCGCGGCGGCAGCUGGCGGCUCCUAG